AUGCAGUGGGGCAUGGCUCCCGAGGAGCUACUAAUGAGAUUCAGCGGGGGAUGCGUCAAGACGAGCCGUUGCAACGGCAUCGAGGUCGGCCCCGUGUACCUGUGGGACCGCAUCCAAGUGGUCAGCAAGGGUUUCUACCAGGGCAGCGGGCAUAACGCUGCCCGCAUCAGGACGAUCAAGGAGGAGCUAGAGACGCAAUGGGCCCACCUGUUCGAGACCAUCAUCGACUACAUGAAGGAGCUGCGCAGCUCGGCCGAGUGUCUUGAGUGCAUCCAGCACUGGCAGCAGGUGGCGGCCCGAAAAGCUGAAGCGGAGAGACAGAGCGCGCUGACCGACGAGGUAAUCCAUGCGGUCGAGAAGCCGCUCAAGCCGCAGGUGUCGGGGAAUGAGCACAGCAUGACGGCCGGUGUGGCGUCCCACGGCAGCAUCGUGGAGCAGAUUCAGCAGGCAGAACAGGCAGAUGGGCAGCCACCUACGGGGCGGAGGCGUGUCGGAGCCCAGUCGAAGCGGACAAGGCUGCAGGAGGAGCUGCGCAG